AUGCACGUGUUUGCUUUAUGCCUGCUGGGCCUAGCGUCAGCUGCAGUUAUCCAGAAACGCGAUGAUUUCGGUGACGGUGAACCCAUCGAUGAGGCUACUGGCAAGGGCGCCUCUAUUCUCGGUACUAACCAGGAUUUAGGAGGGACAAAUCAUCAAUUGGAUCUCCAGAAUCCGGCCAACCUGGGCCAGCAGAGUACCGAUGCUGGCUACGUGCCCAACUUGAAAUGGAGUUUCUCAGACUCCAAAACAGACAUCUACCCGGGGGGCUGGAUGCGUGAGCAGGUUGUCUCUGAUAUGCCGCAGAGUACUGACAUUGCCGGCGCACAGCAACAUCUACAGAAGGGCGCUAUUCGUGAGCUGCACUGGCACCGCACUGCCGAAUGGGGUUACCUGUACAACGGAUCUAUUCUUUUGUCUGCAGUCGACGAACAGGGUCGAUAUCAGAUUGAUACGCUUGUGGCCGGUGAUGCUUGGUACUUCCCAGCCGGUAUUGCGCACACCAUUCAGGGACUGGAUGAUGAGAACGAGUAUCUGCUUGCUUUUGACGAUGCCGAUUUCGAAGCUCAGGGAACAACUUUCAUGGUCGACGACUGGGUUGUGCAUACACCCCGGGACAUCCUAGCCCAGAAUCUCGGGGUCCAUGCCUCAGUGUUUGACAGUGUCCCACCAGUUUAUCCCUAUAUCCUGAAUGGCACCGUCAGUGCAGACACGAAUGACACUAGCACGCGUGUCGGCAAUAGCUCCUUUGUGUAUCAUGCCCAGGACCAUCCUUUGGAAAACAUUGCUGGCAGUGGAGGCACAUACCGGCGUAUCGAUUCGUCUACAUUCCCCGUUGCGACGACUCUUGCAGCUGGCAUUUUCUCACUGGAGCCAAAGACCUUACGGGAAAUGCAUUGGCAUCCGAAUGGUCAGGAAUGGCUAUACUUCCAAAAAGGAACCGCCCAAGCAACCGUGUUCAUUGGAGGUCAGAAAGCGCGCACCUAUGAUUUCCAGGCUGGCGACGUUGGGGUUUUCCCAGUCAAUAGCGGGCAUUAUAUCAAGAACACGUCCGAGGACGAAGAGUUAAUCUGGGUCUCGAUCUUCAAAAGCGACAAAGUCGAGGAUAUAUCACUCACGCAGUGGCUGGCCCUCACGCCACAUGACGUCGUUGCCACUGUUCUGAACAUCCCUGUUUCGGUGGUCGACCAGUUGAAGACUCAGAAACAGGUUUUGAUCAGUGGUUAG